CCACCUUCACUAUCGCACGUCCAGGUCGAAGAUCAAGGCAGCGUUAUGUGCCAGGUGCAGAGUGGGGCGGGGCUUGUCGAAAACACGGUAACCUUUAAAGUUAGCCAAUUCGAAAUAAAAGUAAACCAGCAAGAUGUUACUGGCGAGACCACCUACGUUCCUGACAGAACAACGGGUGUGACGUACACCUGUGCGAUCAAGUAUGUCCCGAAAAACGCCCACUUGAGUUGGUUCCAUAACGGAACAGAGCUGAAUGCAACGACCUGCAAGAACAGGAAAUGCAUAAUCGAAAACGACAAUGUACCUGCGGAUGUAAAGAAAGCCGUCGUUUAUUAUCCUGCCGUAAAGAGCGCCCCCUCUGAUGGCAUGCAGUGCAAGCUGGUUGCGCCGAACUUGGUGUUCGGUGAUGGUGGCCACGCGCAACAGUCAGGAGCCAUCAAACUGGUAACAUAUGGAACGCCAAAGUUUUCCGACUCGAAUGUCACGAACCAGCGCAUUCAGGUGCAUAGUGGUCAACUUUCGACUGUUGUGUGCAUGGACUCCGUGGACGCAAAGCACACGUCCAAGCUGCUUUUGUAUAUCGGCAAAGCGAUGGUUGCCGAAUCAUUCAGCGGCCCGGAUAACAAACCGCUAAAUGUGGCUUACCAGUUCGUUCCCCACCGAGAUAAUAACACUGCCCUUGUCGAAUGUAAAAGCAUCAACAGAAUCUACGGAGAAAUGAGCAAUUCAUCCGCCAAACUGCCACUCCGCGUAAUAUAUGGCCCCGAGAAAGCAUCCGUGUUAGUAACAGCACCAUCAGUCUCUCCACCAAACGAAACCUUCGCAGCUUACUGUCAUGCCGGAAAGAACAACCCACUGAUAAAAUUCACCUGGUCCAUACAUCCUUUGAGGGGACGGGGGAGUUCGUACAACCACACCGACUGCAGUGAAAAGGGAGCAAACAGUUGGAUAGGAGGGGCAAUAUCACACGCCAGCAUUAUGGUAACACCUGCACACGGAGACAAGGAAGUCAACAUCACGUGUGUAGUCACGAAUCCGACCAGUGAUGUAACUGUCGCGGCAACCGCAAUAGUGCAGGUGAAAGUCGAAAGCGCCAACACAGCAGGAAACAUUGUGGUCAUUGUCGUUGGAGCCGUGGUUGCGGGCGUUUUGGCACUGAUACUGCUGAUGGUGUGGGUUAUCUGUCGCAAAACCGGACGGUGCUAGAGUGGGACCAUACGAGCCAUCUGCUACCCUUGCUCAUGCGGCCAUGCUAUUGCUAACCAACAUUAGCAAGUCAGCGCUCAAUCCUAUUCAGCACAUAUCCUUGCGGAAAUCAUUCAUACUAGUAAACCUUUUUAAUCGUUGCUAAUAUUAUAAAUUAGAUGGAGUUUCGUUUUGUUAUUUUCCGGGUUUAAUACGCUACUGCACGCCUGUAGCAAUGCUGGGAUACUGUACAUUUAUAGGCUUUUAAUUUCGUAUAAGGGGACAAGCAGCUGGACAGUGGUCAAGCAUUACAGUAAA